AUGUCUGACACUUUCCAAGAACUCGCCGAUAUCCCCAAGGACUUCAUCCGCGAUGGCAUGCAGUUCGUUAACCGCUGCACUAAGCCUGACAAGAGGGAGUUUUUGAAGAUUUCUCAAGCAGUUGGUACGUAA